UACGACACCGUUCUGUCGAGGAGGAUUAAUCAUUCGUGUUAGUCGCAUAUAUUGAAAAAUUGAGAAUUUAAUCCGGUGCAGUGCAAUUUACCCAAUUAAACAACAAAGAAAUGAUGUCGCACGGAAAAUUUUUCUUGUUCCUGUUUGUUGGGCUAUUUGCCUCGCACAUUUGCCAAGAAGCAACCACAGCAGAUACCCAUGAUGAUACUACUACGCCUGUAAUCCCAACAACGCCGGACGCAAAUACUACAGCUCCUACCCCAAUAACCACGCACUCCACUACUGUUCCAACUACAAUCAGCCCAAAUACAACAAGUCCCACGCCACCAACUACAACCCCAUCCACGAGCACCACUCCAUCAACUUCGACAUCAACUACAACACCAGCCACAACAACAACAACACCAGCCACAACAACAACACCGGCCACAACAACAACGCCGGCAUCGAAUACGACGACAACUGUAAAACCCACAACUCCGGCUCCGCCUACUCCGACAACGCCUGCACCAUCGCCUCCACCAUGUCACCGUUUUGAUGGACCCUCUUUCAUUGGUGGCAUUGUUUUAACUCUUGGUCUGCUGGCCAUCGGAUUGGUUGCCUACAAAUUUUAUAAGGCUCGGAACGAGCGCAAUUACCACACCCUUUGAGCCGCCACCGCAUUCACGUCGGCCUUCAAUGCGGCAGGAGGAGCAGGAAACAACAGCAACCACUCCGCCACGGAUGCCGAACGUGUGCGGUUUGUUCAACCAUCGAUUCAGUUGCGAUCGCCCCCAGCUCAGCCACCACCACCUCCGCCAUCAUCUGGGACUGGCUCAACUCUCGCCUCUACUCAAAAUUGUUCGCCCUCAGCUAGAGAUCGGCUGCUGCACACGUAAAUUCCUUUUGCUAAAAACCCCUCACGGAUAAAUAAUUCCGUUAUUGUUACGAAACUUACUCAAUUAUGGUAUAGCGAUGCACCUUUUAUUUUCAAUUAGUUAUACCACAUACAGAAGCAGCUUUUUAAAGCUGUAUAAAAGGAAAAACAAAAGAAUGAUAAUACAUACCAAUACUCGAAGUCAUCAACUCAAGAGAAUGUUCAACGCCUUAUCAAAUGACCCCUGAUUUAAUGCAAAUAUUCAUGGCAGCCGUGAUUCAUUUAGAGGCAAUGAAACAUUUCCGUUUUUAAGUAAAUGUUUAAAAGGCUCUAUAAUAAUUUUCCUAUCAGCUAUACUACAUACCCAGACAGCUGCGAAUGUUUUUGAGCUUGUUUUUUUGAAUCGUAUUAAAUACAGAAUAUUUAAUGAUAAAUGAAAAUAAUCAAGAAACCAAACGGAUGUCCAAGCCUUAUUAAUCGUCAUUGAGCUUGAAAAAAAGGCUCAUGGCGACCGUGUAAAGAGAAAAUAAACUAUGCACAUAUAUGUGUAUGUAUUUAUCGGAAAUAUACUACAAUAACAGCAAAUAUGUGAGACUGCUUUGAAUUCCGAUCACGGUAGUUUUCCCCUUAGCCGUGAUGGGGAAUGGGGUUAAGUGACGAGUUAUUGUAUCUCGAGCAUUUUUUGAAUAGGUACGAAAAGAAAUAUACAUUUGGAUUAUAUAUAUUUACACUAUUUUUAAUAACUAAAAACAAUUCAUAGAAUCUAAGAAAACUACCUAAAGGUAUGCAGUUGAGGGUCUACUACAAGAUCCUAACAAUUCGAUUUAUCGCUUCUUGUAAACCUUUUCACAAUUUUGUCAAAUGGGUGUUUCUGCAAAUCGCGUAUGCUUUUACUUUAUAUAAACAAACUAAAGCUGUAUUUUAAUAUAAAUUCUUUGGUCGCUAUCGGCUUUGCUUAUAAAUCUAAGCCAUAUAUUUAGCAGUUGAAAAACAAACUAAAUUCAAUAUUUCAUCAGAGGCGAGACUGCUAUUAACAUCUACACAUACGUUUGUUUUUGAAGGGUAUUUUCAGCGUUUUCCAGAUUUUUAAAGUGCUUUUUAAUUUAACUUUAAACAAGUCUAUUAAAGCUAAAGCUUAAAACCAAGUCAGUGGUCUAUACAUAUAUAAAAGUGUAUAUCAUAUGCAAAUGUUAAAUAUUGUUUAUUGAAAAUGAAUCACACAUAUGAAUUAUACUAUAUCGCCGCUUAUUGUUAGAUACACAUUUUAACAUACAUCUACAAAACCCAAAAAUAUAUGUCAAUGUACUCUUGUGCACAGAAAAAUCUCAUAAUUAUAUACUAUUAAUUACCAAUAUAUAUCCAGUAAAUCGGUCUUAUUACCAUAUAUGUAUGUAUAUCGUGUAUAAUAAAAACUUUUAAAUUAAUGGA